AUGGCUGGGGCCGCAGCGGCGCGGGACGCGCAGACGCUGCAAGCCGCGACACUGGGAAAGCGGCACUUAAUACCAACAACGCUGGUGCAACAGCCAGACCCGCACUCGUUGACAAGCCGGCACCACGGCGCCACGGUCAUUUUCCUGCAUGAAAAGCAGGCACUCCGUUCUCAACACCACUCCCUUGGCACUCGCAUUCAGAUUCGCAUUGAUGCAAUCCGUCUGCUAGAGCUGCUACUUGUCGUGCUGGUGGUGAUCGGCGCGCACAUCGCGGACUCUGCGGCAGCGAGCGGGUUGCAGGGCGGUGCCGCGAGGCAAAGGGAGACUAGUCCUUCUCCCUCCCCCGCCCCCCCCUCCUUCAAAUCCCCCCUCCUCCUCCUCUACUACCGCUUCCCCCCGUCGGAAGCCCCGCAGUUGAGCGCAAAUUCCACCCCGCUCGCCCUCAUGAGUCCCCUCGUGGCGCUCCGCGUGUUCGACCUCUCCCCCCUGCUCCCCGCCAAAGGUCCCGGCGGAGGGCGAGCGAUUGCUGAGUCGACUCUAAAUUCUCCUCCGCUCCCCGCCACAGGUCCCGGCAGCGGGGAGGCAAGUGCAGUGGCGGACGGGAAUGGGACGGGGGAGACGAUUGGGGCGGAGGAGGAGGAGGCGUGGGAGGUGGUGGCGCCAGGGUCUGCGCGGAUUGAGGUGAGGCUGGCGGUGGAAGGGGGGGAGGGAGGGGAGCAGCCAGGCGGACAGGCAGCGGGGGAAGAACGGCGCAUGGGAACUAGUGAUGAUAAUAAUGGUGGGAUGUACUGCGCUGUGAUUGGUGGAGGAGGGGGUGGAGGGGGUGUGGCUGCUGGCGGGAGCACGUUGCCGGUCUUGACGCGUGCAGAGAAGAGCAGCAGCAGCAGCAGCAGCAGCAGCACGUCAGGCUCUAGCUAUGAGUGCACAUCCCCACGGCUGGGUACCUAUGCACUCGUUCAAUACCUGCAGUCACCCGGUGGACCUACUCCCUCCCCAACCCCUUCCCCCUCGCCUUCCCCCUCUCCUGCUCCUUCUCCUCCCCCCACACCUUCCCCCUCCCCUUCCCCCUCACCUUCUCCCUCCCCUUCCCCCUCGCCUUCCCCCUCACCGUCUCCCUCCCCUUCCCCCUCACCGUCCCCUUCCCCCACUCCCGCCCCGAUUCCCCCUCCUGAAACCUCCCCUCCACCUCCCACCACCACCACCACCACCACCUCCUCCUCCUCCUCCUCCCCAAAGUUGGUGCUGUCGCUGGCGCUGGUGGCGGCGGCGAGUGUAGCGAUGGUGGUAUUCGCUUGUAUCCUCGCGCACCUUCUGUGCCCCAUUCGCGAGUGGGACGAGGAGGAGAAGGCGGCUGCAGGGGUAGGUGGGAGCACAGAAUAG